AUUUCCACUAAAGAUCAUCGAUCGAGAUCAAAAGUGUUCUUUGCAUUGUACUAUAAUUUCUGUAAAAUAUGAACCAAUUAAAUAAAUUAAUCUAAGAAAUAUAAAUUAAUUUUACGCAAAACUUUGAUUCAGGAGCUUCAUACACAAUUCGCGUUUAAAAAAAUGUAAUUUAAUAAUGAUUAUAAUUAAAAUAUAUGCUUAAUAUGUUGUGAUUAUCAUUAGUUUAUAAUUGAGUGAUAUUUUUUUAGAAUUCAGAUUUAUCGUUUGCAAAAGAAAAAGUGGGUGACCAUGAUAUUGUUUACCCCGUAUCGUGCGAGAUAAGAGUCCAACCAUGGUGGACAAGUUGCACGAGUACGAAGGGUUUGCGGGUAGAAUUCACGGUAUUCGCGAUAUCAUCAAGGAGAAAUGGAACAGCUGGAAGGAGUGGAAGACUGGUCUGAAUCUGGAUCAAGGCCUGGACGGAUUGAAGCAUCAACUGCGAGGACCACCCAAAUUGGAACGCACGUUGGAAGAUUACUCCCACAUUUAUAGGAGGAAAACUCGCGGCGAACUUGUCCGCGUAUCGGCCGCCGUGAUGGGGAUCGAGUUCUCUUACGCGGCGGAGACUGCCUUCGUUUCACCAACGUUGUUGAAGAUCGGUGUCGAUCACCAGCACAUGACGCUGGUGUGGGCGCUGAGUCCACUUGUGGGUUUCUUCGUAACACCCAUCCUUGGCAGCAUGAGCGAUCGCUGUAGAGUGAAGUAUGGCAGACGACGGCCUUUCAUUCUUCUGUUAGCUUUGGGCGUUUUCAUAGGUCUGAUACUGGUACCUAAUGGUGAGCACAUCGGCUACACAUUCGGCGACACACCAUCCGACUCUAAUGAGACGAUUCCUCUCGGACAUCGCACUACAGCGAAGUUGUUCUCGGAGGAGGCACCUGGUACAGUCGACAGGGCUUCUUCGCACUAUUGGGGCAUCUUCUUCACUAUCCUCGGCACGGUUCUGCUCGACUUUGACGCCGACGCUUGCCAAAGUCCUGCGAGAGCUUAUCUCCUGGAUGUUACUGUGCCUGAGGAUCACGCCAGAGGUCUGAGCACGUUCACCAUAAUGGCGGGCUUAGGAGGUUUCAUGGGCUAUGGUUUGGGUGGUAUCAAUUGGGAUGCUACCUCGCUUGGCAUCAUGCUGGGAGGCCAUCUCCAUGCGACCUUCACUCUAAUUACGAUCAUCUUCGUCAUCUGUGUCUUCUGCACGAUUACGAGCUUCAAGGAGAUCCCUCUGGAAGUAUUAGAGAAAGAUCAAUAUCAAGUUGACGAGCCAAAUGAAAACAUUCAGGAGACCAAGCUAGAGAACGAGCAAGAGGAACGUGAAAAAAUAAUGUCCAACGAGUCCACGUCGAAGCACACUUAUGGUACGCUCAAUGGCACAACUUAUGAUGAACACGAAAUUGACUCCUUAAAGAAGGAGGAAUUCGCUCUCAAUCCGCUACCAUCGCAGUCUUCCAUACAUUCCGAGGAACAAUCUUCCGAUGGUAGCCACAUCAACUUCGGCUUCGAUGAUUCGCAGUCGCGCGCUGGAGUUGCGGAGAUCAACCCGAAGGCAACUCUGAAAGAGUACUUGUUGUCAAUCGUUUACAUGCCGCGCAGCCUUCGUCAGGUGUGCUUAACCAACCUGUUUUGCUGGAUGGCGCACGUCUGCUACUCCUUAUACUUCACGGACUUUGUAGGCGAGGCGGUGUUCGGUGGAAACCCACGAGCACCCAUAGAUACUCUCGAGCGGAAGCUCUACGAGGAAGGCGUGCGUUUUGGUUGCUGGGGAAUGUCCAUGUACUCGUUGUCCUGCUCGUGCUAUUCUUUGGUUAUCGAACGAUUGAUUCAGCGUUUCCGCGCGCGCAAAGUUUACAUCUAUGGCCUGCUCUUCUAUAGUGCUGGAAUGCUACUGAUGGCCCUGAUGAAACAUCCAGUCGGCGUUAUCGUUUUCUCAUGGACCGCCGGUGUCAUGUACUCCACGCUAUUCACCAUGCCCUAUCUAUUAGUGGCGCAUUAUCACGCAUCUUCGACGUUCGCGCUUGCGACGAAGGAGGACACGGUUACUGGCGGUUUCGUGCGUGGAUUGGGCACCGAUGUCGCCAUCGUCUCCUCCAUGGUCUUCCUCGCGCAAUUCCUGUUGUCCUGCUGUCUAGGCACGAUUGUCAGCUUGUCCGGCACCACGGCGGCGGUGGUGUAUAUAGCCAGUGUCCUGGCGAUGUGCGGCGCUGCGUCCGCCACGCAGAUCAUGUAUCUGGAUUUGUGAAUCUCGUUUGUCGACUAACUCGCUUGGACUCUGGAUACUAACUUCAGCUGCGUGGAUUCGUAUAACGGUGGGCACACGUCGAACUGAUCAUCACGGACAACCAUUGAUCAAUAAUUUAAUCGACAAUUGUAUUAUUCGUUCGUUCACCUAACAUCAAGCGAUUUCGUAUAUCUAUAUUUCGUAUAUCUACACUUAUUUCAUUUCGUGCGUUUAUUAUGUGUCUUACCAAGCGCUAAAUUACGAGUACUGUUAUACUGAAUAUUUUAGUUUGUCAAAUUUUCAGUGAAAAAUGAAAAAGCAAUGGAUAUAUUCGAUGUAUAAUACAACAGUCUAAAUGAUCGACUAAUACACAAGUCCAAGUAGAACAAAUCUAAACUUCACGUGCGAAGAUUAUUGAUACACUUUUCCAAAAUGUCUUUCCUGAUCCUCGGGAAAUCUAUGCUCUGCUUCAAUACCUCGUUACAAGCUUCGAUAGCGUCAGCAUACGCUUUCGCUUUCAAGCAACAGUAAGCCAGUUUAUAACCAACCGACAGCUUCGUUUUCCCGCCACAUUUCCAGGCUUGAGCGUAUUUCGUAGCAGCUUCGCGAUAACACUGAUCCUUUUCAGCGAUGUAGCCUAAAAGUAAAGAAAUAGUUAAAUCAUGGUUGUAUUAUAAAUGUAAAUUACAGAUCGUCUAACAUGGAUCCUGUGACAAUCCAGAUUAUUAAAUAGAUAAUAAUAAUCGACAGAUCCGCACUCAUAAUUAUUCUCACAAACUUUGAUGUUGUAUAAUAAAUAAAAUAAUUGCCAGCUGGUUACAAUAAUUAUCAAUUAAUAUAA